AAGGAAAUUCACGUCAUGUUGGACACGCUCACCCAACUAGGACUGUUUUUCAAGUAUUCGCCGAAACGCAGCAGGCGUUUAGAAGAAGCUGUUACAGAGGCUAACUCGACUCGACCGAAAUCAGAGCAAAUAUCGAAAUCCAAGUUUCAUGUUUUCUGCGAGACCAGGUGGGUAGAAAAGCAAACGACAUUGCGUGAUUUCAGCAGCAUGUAUGAGCCAAUAGUGGAAUGUUUGGAGGCGAUUGGGCAGCUGGAAUCUGGCUGGGAUACAAAAGCGGUCACUGACGCUUACGGUCUGCUGAAGAAGAUUACCGAUUCGACAUUCAUUGUGUGCUUUCAGACCGUCUUACACACGUUUGGAUAUGUAAUCGGCAUCAGCAGCAAACUACAGGGCACAUCUCUGGACAUUAUUCAGGCAUAUGAAAUGGUUACGCAUGUUAAAACCUCUGUGUCUGAAGCAAGGAACACUGAUUACAAAGAUGUGUACACAAAAGCAUCAACAAUGGCACAAAAAGCUGGGUUAGACAGCCUCCAAAUGCCUAGACGAUGUGGACGUCAGACACAGAGAAGUAACGUGCCAGCAGACAACGUAGAACAGUACUCUGAACGGGCUGUGUUCCUUCCUUUUGUGGACUCAAUGUCACAGCAACUAAACCUCAGAUUUAACACCAUGACACAGCAGGCAUGUCUGGCGUUCUGUCUGCUGCCAAACAACAUUGCCAGCGCCACUCAAGAGUCGAUGCUAGCUCUUCUGGACUUUUACAGAGAUGACAUGCCACAGCCAGACAUGUUCGCACAAGAGGUCCAGCUCUGGAAACAGACCUGGAGGAACACGGAAAACAAGCCGUCGACUAUUGUCGAAACAUUGACAGAAACAUGCCAACAUAUGUAUCCCAACAUAUCGAAAGUGCUUACACUGUUGCUUUUAACUUCUGUGACAUCAGCAGGAGUGGAACGGUCCAACUCGUCAUUGAAAUUCAUCAAGAACCCGCACAGGAGUACCAUGGGCCAGAGCCGGUUCAACGCUCUCAUGCUACUCUUCAUUCAUAGGGACAUAAAAUUGGAUAUUGAGGAAAUUGUGAACAUCUACGCCAGGAAAUAUCCUAGGCGCAUGCUACUGAUAGAUCCAUUGUGCGAAUAG